AUGCCCCCAUCGAAAGACGAUCGCGUCAACUCCCUGGUGGAGGACCAGGAGACGUUCCAAUUUCUGCUGGACGAUCUUCGCGAGACCAACCCGCAAGACACUUCAGGCAUUGCUGAACUAGAGGCUACGGUAAAAAGAAUCGAAGCCGAAAUCGCAGGGCUUCUCGGCACAGUUUCAAAUGAGUCCUCCCCUAUCCCCUCAAACAACUUUCAACAAGGCGCCCCCUCGCAAUCGUCUGAUGGGCCACCUUUUUCCACCCAGAGGAGCCCGAUGUUACCUUCGUACGUCGAUCCUACCUCUGCGCCAUACCACCCGUCUACCGCCCCUUCGCCUUUCGCAAGCCGCACGGCUUCUUUGUCAACAUCACUACUCCACACAAGACCCGACGAGUCUCGCAAGCGACAGCGCCAAAAUUCUUCCGGCUCGCCAGUUCUGCGGCAGUCGUCCAAGAGGGUUGCCAUCGACCGUCACAAGUCCCGAUACGAGGAGCUGGAGGCGGAUAUGGAGCGUGAACUGAAGCGGACACGUGAGGAACACGAUGAGGCAAAGGAGGCCGAUGCUGUUCAAACACGAGCAAUGGUGGAAGGAAUCUCAGUCGAUCAGGUUUUGGAGAAGAUUGAAAAGGAGCGGGAGGAGGAAGAGGAGGCCAUUCGCGCUCAGUACCGUACGGCGAUGGAUGAGCAAGUCGCACGGAUCAUUCAUGCAGAGGAAGUGGCCAGUGAGAGCGAGGAGGAGCGUCGCUCCAGUCCAAUGUCCUCGCAAUUCAAUCUCCCUGAUCGCACGCUGAACCAUCCACAAAGGGCUCGUCCAGAAAGUCCGUCUCUUUUUUCCUCGCGGCACACCGGCCCCUACCCCGUGCCAACGCAAUUUGAUUACAAUCCCGAGCCCCCAGGCACAUAUCCCUAUGGAGAUGAUGAUCUGCAGGAAAUACCGAGGGAAUACUUCGACUCCCGCCAUCCGGGCUCACUGGGCUACAAUUCUCCAGGCUUUGGCUCUUCCCGCUUCAAUCCGCCAGGGGCUGGCUCAUCUGGAAUGAGGCCACCAGGCAGGUAUCCGAAUGGAUUCAGCUCUGCCUCAACAGUGCCAAAUUUUGGCCCCCCGCAGUACAAUUCCAUGUUUAACCCAUUAGGUGGCCGAGUUUUACCUUGGAUGCAGCCGGAACUUCCAGCACAGACACCUGUGAUGGAGGCAGUAGAUCUCUUGCAAGAUAACCCUCUGGGGCUGGAAGAUGAGGAUGAUUUAGAGCAAUACGAGGAGCAGAACUUUCCGGAAGACAUUAAAAACCUAAUCACGGGAAUCAAGGACAUCCGUGAGGCCACCAAAGCGGAGAAGGAUGAGACUCCAGCGGGCCUCAAAGUGACCUUGAUGAAGCAUCAAAAAAUCGGCGUGGCUUGGAUGAAGGCCAAGGAGGAAAGUAACCACAAGGGGGGAAUUCUUGCUGACGACAUGGGCCUUGGGAAGACCAUUCAGGCCAUUGCUUUGAUGGUCGCAAGGCCUCCGCCAGAUUCAGAGCAUCAACCGUGUUUGAUUGUUGCUCCCAAGGCUUUGAUGGAUCAAUGGCGCCGAGAAAUUCAGAGGCACGUUCUACCAGGAAAGCAUCAACUGUCUGUGUUUAUCUAUCAUGGCACCAAUCGCGCUGAAUGGAGAAAACUCAAGUCCUUUGAUGUGGUAAUCACUACCUUUGGCACUCUGACCGCCAGUUACAAGUCGCUUCUCAAGGCGGAGAAGCUGGAAGAGGAAGGCAAAGAUAGUAGCAUUAUCAGAGAUGUUCGCAAUGCGUCAACAUUCUUCACGCCUCUUACGAAGUUCCAUCGGGUGAUCGUGGAUGAGGCACAAAACAUCAAGAACCCGGCCGCGAAAUCGGCCAAGGCCUGCUGUCGACUGAAUGCCACAUAUAGAUGGUGCCUUACCGGAACGCCGAUGAUGAACAGACUCGAAGAUUUUCAAUCUCUUUUGUCCUUCCUCCGAAUCCGGCCGUACAACAACAAGGAAAAAUUCAAACGCGAUUUCCGGGUCGUCAAGAGCGGCUUUGUCCCAGAGCAUGUAAUGCAGCAGCUGCGCAUUCUAGUCAAGUCUGUUUGCUUCCGCCGAACGAAGACCUCAAAGAUUGACGGCCAACCCAUCCUACAAUUACCUUCCAAGGUCAUCGAAAAGGUUCACGUGCUGUUUGACGAAAAGGAGCGGGAAUUCUACGAUGCUUUAAAUUCGAAAACGCAAAGACACGUAGAGCGCCUGUUGAGCGCCGGUAUUUUGGGUAAGAAGUACAGUACCGUUCUCGUGCUCCUGCUGCGCCUGCGGCAAGCUUGCUGCCACAUGCAAUUAUUGCAGGAGCACGCCACCGAGGUUCCGGCCGCAGAAGGCAGAGACAUGAUUGCCAACGCCAAGAUGUUGAGUCCUACGGUUGUCGAACGCAUCAAAAGCAAUGAAGGCGGAGAGGACGACGGCACUUGUCCGAUCUGUAUGGAUAUCGUUGAGAAUGCAGUGAUCUACAUUCCCUGUGGUCACUCUGUGUGCAACGAAUGCUUUGCUCGUAUCUCUGACCCACAGAUGCUGGCUCGCAAUGAUGAUACGGGCAUGAUCAAGUGCCAGAAUUGUCGCGGGCCUUUUGAUCCACUGAAGAUCACCGAUGGACAGUCGUUCAAAAAGGUGUAUGCUCCUACAGAAGCGGCCGAGACGGAAGCCAUUGAAGAGAAUGAAGAUCAAUCCGACGAGCUCGAGUCCGAUGAAUCGGAUUCGGACACUGCCAGCGACGCCUCCUCAGGGAAACCCAAGAAGAAGUCUCUCGCCGAGCUACGCAAAGAAGGGCAGAAAAAUAAGCGCGCCAAGCGCCGUUAUCUCCGUCGCCUCGAAAAGUCUUGGGAGCCAAGUGCCAAAAUCACCAAGGCUCUCGAAAUUUUGGAGCAGAAUGAAACUCGUGGCAAGGGCGAGAAGACGAUUAUCUUCAGCCAAUUCACGUCCCUCCUCGACCUCCUGGAAGUCCCCAUCAACCGAAAGGGCUGGAAAUAUUGCCGCUUCGACGGCAGCAUGAACAUUACUGAGCGAAACGAAUCCGUGGCAACAUUCACCGACGAUCCCGACACACGAAUUAUGCUGGUGUCUCUCAAGGCUGGUAACGCCGGGUUGAACCUCGUCGCCGCUUCCCACGUGAUCUUGUUCGACCCGUUCUGGAACCCCUACGUCGAAGAUCAAGCUAUUGAUCGCGCUCACCGCAUUGGUCAGGUCAAAGAAGUCUUUGUCCAUCGCCUUUUGAUUGAAAACACAGUCGAGGAUCGGAUCAUCGAUCUCCAGGAAAAGAAGCGGGAGCUCAUCAGUGGAGCUCUCGAUGAAGGAGGCUCGAUGAAUGUCUCACGGUUGGAUGUCAGGGAGCUUGCUUAUCUCUUUGGCGUUCGUAACUAG